GCCUUGUGCCUCGGCGGGGCCUGUGGUCAGGCGGGGCCCGCGUGCCCAGGUGGGGUGAGCCUGACGGCUGAGCCUCGCUCCGCCAAGGGUCCGGGGUCUGGCCUGGCUGCCGGUGGGAGCUGCUGGUGCCCGCAGGGAGCAUUUCCAUUUGGAGAGGUGACUUAAAAUCCCCGUGUGGGACCUGCUUGGCUAGCUCUCCUGUCGGGAUUGUGCAAGAAAGGCCCCUGCUGCCUGGAGGCCUGCCUCGUGCUGGUGGGGAGAUGUUUCCUUUGAAAUGCGAUGUGCGUUCAACUUCUUUUUUUCACUCUCAUUCAUUACUCAUCCCCUUUCUUUUUUCUUUUCUUUUUUAACCAGAUAAGUCCCGUUUCUUCUGUGGAGGGUACGCAGUUAAAGCCUUGAUUUCCUGGAUCUGGUAACAUGGCAAAAGAUGGCAGUCUAAUUGAAGCCAACGGAGAACUAAAGGUCUUUAUAGACCAGAACCUUAGUCCUGGGAAAGGUGUGGUGUCUCUUGUAGCCGUACACCCGUCCACAGUGAACACACUUGGAAAGCAGCUUUUGCCAAAAACCUUCGGACAGUCCAAUGUCAAUAUCACACAGCAAGUGGUGAUUGGCACGCCUCAGAGACCAGCAGCAUCCAACACUAUUGUGGUAGGAAGCCCACACACUCCCAACACGCACUUUGUGUCCCAGAACCAGACGUCUGACUCCUCACCUUGGUCUGCUGGGAAGCGGAACAGGAAGGGUGAGAAGAAUGGCAAGGGCCUGCGGCAUUUCUCCAUGAAGGUGUGUGAGAAGGUGCAGAGGAAAGGAACCACCUCCUACAAUGAGGUGGCUGACGAGCUGGUGGCAGAGUUCAGUGCUGCCGACAACCACAUCCUACCAAACGAAUCAGCUUAUGACCAGAAGAACAUCCGGCGGCGUGUCUACGAUGCCUUAAAUGUGCUAAUGGCCAUGAACAUCAUCUCCAAGGAGAAGAAGGAGAUCAAAUGGAUCGGCCUGCCCACCAACUCAGCUCAGGAGUGCCAGAACUUAGAGGUAGAGAGGCAGCGGAGGCUCGAGAGGAUCAAACAGAAGCAGUCACAACUCCAGGAGCUCAUCCUGCAGCAAAUUGCCUUCAAGAACUUGGUGCAGAGAAAUCGCCAAGCAGAGCAGCAGGCCCGCAGGCCGCCUCCUCCCAACUCUGUCAUCCACUUGCCCUUCAUCAUUGUCAACACCAGCAGGAAGACAGUCAUUGACUGCAGCAUCUCCAAUGACAAAUUCGAGUAUCUGUUUAAUUUUGACAACACGUUUGAAAUCCACGAUGACAUUGAGGUGCUCAAGCGCAUGGGCAUGGCGUGUGGGCUGGAGUCUGGCAACUGCUCUGCUGAAGACCUCAAGGUGGCCAGAAGUUUGGUACCAAAAGCUCUAGAACCAUACGUGACAGAAAUGGCUCAGGGAUCCAUUGGUGGAGUAUUCGUCACGACAACCGGUUCUACAUCCAAUGGCACAAGGCUUUCUGCCAGGUGACAGCAGCUGGGGG